GCAGAUCCUGCACCGGAACCUGGUCUACCUGGCCACGAUCGCGGAUUCUAACCAGAACAUGCAGUCCCUGCUGCCCGCCCCGCCGACCCAGAGCCUGGCGCUGGGCCCCGGAGGGCUGUCCCAGAGCGGCUCGGGCCAGGGCCUGCACCCGCAGGGCAGCCUCAGCGACGCCAUCGGCGCGGGCCUGCCACCACCCUCCCUCGUGCAGGCCCAGAUCGGCAACGGUCCGAACCACGUGACCCUGCAGCAGACGGCGCAGAGCACGCUGCCCACCACCUCCAUGAGCAUGUCCGGCAGCGGCCACGGCUCGGGGCCCGGCUACAGCCACUCGGGACCGGCCUCGCAGAGCAUCCCCCUGCAGGGCCAGGGCGCCAUCAGCAGCUACGUGUCCCGGGCCAACAUCAACAUGCAGUCCAACCCAGUGUCCAUGAUGCACCAGCAGGCAGCCUCGUCCCACUUCAGCGCGGCACAGGGCGGGAGCCAGCACUACCAGGGCCAGUCCAUGGCCGUGAUGGGCCAGAGCGGCCAGGCGGGCAGCAUGAUGGGGCAGCGGCCCAUGGCGCCCUACCGGCCCUCCCAGCAAGGCUCGUCCCAGCAGUACCUGGGCCAGGAGGAGUACUACGGCGGCGAGCAGUACGGCCACGGCCAGGCCGCCUCGGAGCCCAUGAGCCAGCAGUACUACCCUGACGGACAUGGCGAUUAUGCCUACCAGCCGGCGUCCUACACGGAGCAGAGCUACGACCGGUCGUUUGAGGAGUCCACGCAGCACUACUACGAGGGCGUGUUGUCCAUAUAGGUCCGUCUUCUACUGGGAUUUGGCCCCGGGUCAAGAGAUGGUUUUCCUGGGUGCGUGAGAGUUGCGUCGGCUUCUCACCCCCUGCACACCUGUUGUGUCUAGGCCACAGCGGCUGCUGCUGUGAUUUAGCUCCUUUUCCUAUUAUCCUAGAAAGAGAAAAGGGGCUGUAAGACAUGAGAAUAUGCAGACUGACCCCCAAACUCUGAAACCCUGGAGAAAACCUGACAGGUCUCUGAUGAAUUUCUCCGCUGCGUUUCUCACAAAGACAGUGAACCUGGGGCUCCACUGGUCACUGAUGCCUCCUCGGCCAUCAGCUGCCCCAUCGGCCAUUGCUGCUGGGACCGGUCAUGGUUGUGAGGAGGGAGCAGCUGUCAAGGUGUUUCCUUAGAUGGUGACCAGUCAGAAAACCCCGCAGAUUCCUCCGAGCCCACCUUGGAGAAGGGCUCCUGUGCUGUAGAGCGUGUGUUCCUUCGUUGUUCUGCACAGCUGGAAAUUGAACUUCCUUAUGGGGUUUUAAGCCUUGCUACAUGAAUUCGCUCUCAAUAAA